GCGCUCGCUCCCCGCGUCUCGCUGGUUCCGGCUGCCGGGAGCGGCGCCGGGCCCGGAGCGGGAGCGGCCCCGGGAGCGGCCCCGGCUCCGCCAUGUGGUUCAUGUACGUGCUCAGCUGGCUGUCCCUGCUCGUGCAGGUGGCUUUUGUCACCUUGGCCAUCGCGGCCGGGCUCUACUACCUGGCGGAGCUGAUCGAGGAGUACACCGUGGUCACCAGGAGGAUCAUCAAAUACAUGAUCUGGUUUUCCUCAGCAGUGCUGGUGGGGCUGUACCUGUUCGAGCAAUUCCCGGCGUUCCUGGUGGGAAUGGGGCUCUUCACCAACCUGGUGUAUUUUGGAUUGCUCCAGACUUUUCCUUUCAUCGUGCUCACCUCCUCCAACUUCAUCCUGUCCUGUGUGCUGGUCGUGGUCAAUCACUACCUGGCAUUCCAAUACUUUGCUGAGGAAUUCUACCUCUUCUCUGAGGUCCUGGCCUAUUUCACCUUCUGCCUGUGGUUGAUUCCCUUCGCUUUCUUCGUGUCGCUGUCGGCCGGGGAGAACGUCCUGCCCUCCACAGUGCAGCCUGGAGACGACGUCGUUUCCAAUUAUUUCACCAAGGGGAAAAGAGGGAAACGCUCUGGAAUUCUCCUGAUUUUCUCCUUCAUCAAGGAAGCCAUCCUGCCCAGCAGGCAGAAAAUUUACUGAGGUUUGGGAAUAUUUGGGAAUAUCCAAAGGAUCUGGAUCUGGGAUUUCCCAGACUCUGCCCAGGGCGCCUCUCUCCGUUUUUUCCCGCCGGGAAUUCCUUGGGAAUUCCAAGACUUGGACACUCCUGGAGGUGCCAACCACACUUGGAGCUUUCCCUUGGGAAUGAUUCCAUGGAAAAUGUUGGGAUUGGAUGAGCCCUCUUCAGGAAUUUUGGGAAUUUCCCAAUUCCUGGGUUGUUUUUUUUUUUUUUUUUUUUUUUUUUUUUGGAGCUGCUCCCUCCGGUUUUUCCCGAGGGUUUCACAGAGCCAUGAAUUAAAAAACACACAAAAAAAUUGGGAUAAAUCCAGAGGAUUCCACACAGCCAGGAUGGAGCUGUCCCUUCAUCCCAUUUUUUUUUUUCCAGAGAGAAAGGACUUGGAAUAAUCCCAAAAAAAAAUCAGGAUUUGGGCAGUUUGAAUCCUGGAAAUUCCCGUUUUUGCCUCCAGCAAAGAAGUUCGUGGGAAGGGAUUUUCUCCAUUUUCCAGGGAAUUCCCAGAUUUUUUUCUGAUCCUCCAGAAGAGGGGGAUUGCUCAGAAUUCCCAGAUUUUUCCUUUCUCCUUUUCCAAAAGAAGAAAUUCCUCCCAGGGAGCUGAAAAUUUUAUUCAUUCCCAUCACAAAAUUCCCGUUUUUUUCUGGAAUUUUCACUUGGGCCAAGAAUAAAUAUUUAAAUAAUUCCCACCCCAGGGAAUUCCUUGGAAUCCAGGGGAUUUUUUGGAGGAAUUCCCAAGGAAGAUUCCAGGAAAGGACCUCAAAUCCCACAGAAUUCCAGCCAGGAUAAUUCCAAACCAAAUCCAACCCUUUGAUUUUUUUUUUUUUAGGAAAAAAAUUCCUUUGGAAAAGUUGGAAUUUUGCUCUGAGACCUCUGGAUUUGCUGGAGAAUUCCUGGAUCUGGGAUGGGAUGAAGCAGGAUGGGAAUGAGGAAAAUCAGGAAUUCCUGAUUCCUUUUAAUCCUGAUUUUCCAAAGGGGAUUCCUGGAGGUUUUUCCAGCUGUUUUUCCACAUUUUUCCAACCUGUAUCCCACUCAGGAUUUCCUGGAGCUGAACCAAAUUCCUGGGAAAUUGUGGAAUUCCAUAAAUAUUUAACCAGGAAAAGGAAAUUUGGGAUGUAACUCCCCUAAAUUUGGGAAAAAAAUAUUCCCUGAAACACAAAAAAAAUUUAUGGAUGAGGUGUAAAAUCCCAGAUUUCCCCUGGGAAUUUGAAGGUUUUUAUUGGGAUUGGGAUUUUUCCCAAUCCCUGGAAGUGUCCAAGGCCAGGUUGGAGCUGGGAUUGUGGAAUUUGGGUGGAAUUUUCCCUCCAAAAUUCGAGAAUUUUGGGGAAAAUCCACAGGUGAAGAUGAUUGAAAGGGCAGGAAAAGUGGGAAUUUCCAUUCCCAGCCUCUGGAAUUUCCCUGGAGAAAUUCUUCCCAGGGAGAAUUAAAAAAAUAAAAAUCUGGAUUUGGAAAAAUCUCCUUCCCAGUUUUCCUCCUGGAAAAUCCACAGGGAAAAGGAGCAGGAAUUCAGGGAAAUUUGGGAAAAUCCCUCCCAGCCUUAAAUAUUUCAAUUCCAGCUGGAGGAGGAGGAGGAAAAAUCCAGGAUAAAAACAAAUCCAAGGGAAUUCUGGGGAUUGGAGGAUUUGGGAUUCCCAGGAAAGGAGCUUUGGAAUGCCAGGAAUAAUUCCAGGUGUUCCUAAAUCCAAGGGAAAUAAAGAAUUUUAUUUGGUUGUUGUAGAAAA